CACUAAGCACUACAAUAUUUUUAAAAGCGAACUUUUUAAAUAUAGGCACAAAAGUAUAUUGCAAACAAUGUUAAACAAAACCAUUGAUGAGUGUACAGCGAAUGACUUAAAAAAUAAAAUAGAACAUGAUCAAUUUUUAAAAAUGUUAUAUAAACGGUUUAACGAACAAUUUCAAUUGACUUACAAUUGGCAGAAUAUUUAUCAAGAUAAAAAAUUUUUGGAAGUUUUUUUCAGUUUCAUGAAGAAUCAAGGUCCAAAAACAAGUUGCUAUAGAGAAAUUUUAGCACAUAUUUUUAAUAUAAAUAUCAGAAUAUACACAGCAAAUAAUGAAAAAAUAUUUACUUUACUCGACAAUCAUAAUGGUUCAUCGUCUAGCAUUAUUUAUUUCUUAUAUAAUGACGGAAAGUUUUCGGAAAUAGACAUCAAUUCAGAAUACCUUAAUUUAAACAAAAAUCGGGAAAACAUGGACAACAUUUUCUUUAAAAUACUGUCAGAUAUUUACGCUUUAAAUAGUACAAAUGCACUUUUAGAAUAUUUUGAAAACUUUGAUGUCACGUUAAGUAAACAAGAUGUGCAGCUAAAUCAAAUAAGACAAGAAAACUUGAACGAACAGAAAGAAAUUGACGAAAUAAGUGAGUUCUUUUCAAUAUACGAAAGAGAACAAAUCAAAUCAAAUUUACAGAAAAUUGCAUCCAAUUUAAUAGGACAUUCAGGGAUAAUUCACAUAAUUUUACAGAGAUUUCAAUACGAAGGAAGAUAUGUGUCUAUUAAGGAGAUUCGUUAUCUAGUUAAUGUUAUUUUAAGUUCACACUUAAAUAACGAAAAACUAGAAAAUAAAAUAUCUUGGAUUAUAGCAACCGUAAAUCAGAGUAAUUGGAUAGCUGAACUAAUAUUGAUCGAGCUUGAAUCAUUUUUUAAGAAAAGAUUAGACAAGACAUCAGAAAUUCAAAUGUAUUUAACUAAAAUAAAUCCAGAUAUUUUAAUCAUAUUUGGUAUCAAGUUGUAUAAAUAUCAACAACAAAAUGUAUUUAUGUCUUCACUGUAUGUGGAAGACACUUUGUAUCUGCUCAGCAAUAUUGAGUAUGCUUACACUAAUUUAGAACAUAUUGAACUAAGUGAGUGGCUUUACAUUCUUAAAGAAUAUUACUGGAUAAACAAAAUAAACAAAUUAUUCAAAUGGAAUCGAAACGACUUGGAAAGCGUUCCGUACUAUAUAUUGUCUUUGGAUAAUAUGUUUGGAAUGUCAGUGAUUUCCGAGUUUUUAGACGUAUUAGCUUCAAAAAAUAUAUUAAAAAUACAGGAUAUUAACACUUUCGACGGUAUUCUACAAAAUUUUGUUGACGAGAGAUGGAAUCUGGGUAUUGAAGAAAUGAAUCAAUUACGAUCUACUAAUAGCCUAUCAGAGUGGGUUGCAAUAUUAGAUAACAAAUUUUACGCAUCAGAUACUGAACGCAACGGAGAGCAGCUUGUGAACUUAAUAAAAGGAAAUUCUAAUACAUCUAAACAUGUAUUAGAGCUCUUGCCGAAAAUUCUUAAUAUUCUCUACAGCGUAAACAACAACAAAUAUUUUGUGGAUAAUGUUGAUGUGAGGAAUAUGACUGAAAAUGAUAUAAUAAAAUAUGCGCAACAAAUACAAAGUUACAAAAAAAAGGAUAUAGAAUUCGAACAGUUGCUUAGUGUUAUAAAUAGGGCUAUUGAAUUAAAAAGGAACUUUCAAUUACGCGACACGCAAAAGCUGACAAUAAUGUCUCUCUUAUUGAAUGAAAAUAAUACAUUAGCCCAAGUUGCAACUGGAGAGGGAAAGUCAUUAAUUGUAGUAGCUAUUUCUAUUAUGAAAGCUUUGAAUGGAGAAAAGGUGGACAUCGUUACAAGUUCAUCAGUUUUAGCAAUGCGGGACGCAGUUAUUAAUGAAGAUAUAUAUGAUUUGUUUAAUGUUAGGGUAGGACAUAACUGUAGCGAAGUAAUAAAAAAUCGUAAAGAGACAUAUUCUACGAGUAAAGUAAUAUACGGUGACUUGUCUAAUUUUCAAAGAGAUUAUUUGUUGGAUAGGUUUUAUGGAGAAAAUAUUUUAGGUGACCACGACUUUUGUAAUAUAAUUAUUGAUGAGGUUGAUAGCAUGUUACUUGAUAAAGGAAACAAUACUAUUUACUUAUCACAUGAUAUCGCAGGCUUAGAUAAGUUAGAAUCGGUUUAUGUUUAUAUAUGGUGCAACGUCAAUAGGCCUAUGCAGGAUGCAACAAAUAUUUCUGAAUUUAUGAACAUCUCAAAAAUAAAAGAGUCGAUUUUAAGUGAUAUGUUUGGGAUACUUAAGAAAAGUGAUAUUGAGAAACUUGAUAGAGAAAUAGACGAAAUCAAAAAAAUAAAGAUCUGGAAUUUCCUUGUAAAUAAUGAAAUAAUUGAACGUAACGGGCGGCUAAUAGCACAAAAUAUGAGCAAUGUUAAUUUGGAUAAACUUCCAACUGACUUAUUAUAUUUGAAGGAGCAAAUCAUGUAUAUGUUAAGAGAAUGCAUUGAAAGGCAGCGUUUUAUUUAUGUUCCUAAAUAUCUGAACAAUUUCAUUGAGAAACAUUUAGAAUCUUGGAUUGAGAGUGCCUUUGCCGCUUUCUAUAUGACGGCUGGACAUGAUUACGUUGUGGAUGUUGAUAGAACUAAAACAAUUUCAGAUGGAAAUCCAAUCAUCACAAUAAUUGAUAGGGCCACUGGGACAGAUCAAAUUAGCGCCCAAUGGGAUAACGCCUUACAUCAAUUUUUACAACUCAAACAUGGUUGCAAACUAACAAUGCAAAGUUUAAAAGCAGUUUUUAUUUCAAAUGUGUCUUAUUUUAAAUUAUACAGAAAAUUAUAUGGAUUAACUGGUACUUUAGGAUCAGAGCGUGAGAGAAACUUACUAAAGGAAGUUCAUAUGGUAGACUUUGUGACUGUCCCGACAGCCAAAUCAAAACAAUUUCAUGAGUGUAUUCCAAUUGUUUGUAAAAAUAAAGAAAUAUGGAUAAAAAAUAUACAUAACGAAGUUGAAACGGUUGUUAACAAGGAAAUGAGAUCGAUACUUAUAAUUUGUCAGUAUGUAGAAGACGUCGAACUAAUACAAAAAAGUCUUACUAACAAAGGGAUUCAAAAUAUUUAUACAUAUACAAGAGAUUAUGAGGAGUUCGAUAUUGCACGUGGCAUCAAAAAGUUACGAAGAAGCCAAAUUAUUAUAGCGACUAAUCUCGCUGGACGGGGUACUGAUAUAAUUUUAACAGAUCACUUAAGAUUGAAUGGGGGAUUACAUGUCUGCUUAACGUAUCUACCUACAAAUACUCGUAUCGAAAGACAAGCAUUUGGGCGAGCAGCAAGAAGUGGCGAUAAAGGAACCGGAAGACUUAUAUUUGUCGAUGGGAGUUAUGAAGGUAGCGUUACAUGCAAAGUAUGGAAUUUAAAAAAGGAACGAGAUUUGGAAGAAGUAAACAGAAUAUCUUCAAUCAAUGUCGAGUACAAUAAUAAAAUUAAAAACGAAGAAAAGUGUUUUGAUAAAUUUAAAAAACUAUUCGAAAAAAUUAAAAAUCAUUUAACUACUUCAAAUAUAGCACCGGAAGUUAAAUCUAUUUUGUUGCAGUGUUGCUUAGAUAAUUGGGCUUUUUGGCUUGAUGACAAAACGUGUGAUAAAUUUACAGAAGAUUAUGGGAAUUUAAAUGAAUCUUUUAAAUUAUUUUAUGAUCACUUGGAUAAUCUUACAUGUGACUUAACACGUGUAGGUGUUAGUGAAUUUAUUACACAAAAAUGUUACGAUUUGGUUAAACAGAAUCCGAUAGCAAUGGUAAUUUUAGGAAAAUAUUUCCUGACACAAAAUAAUUUCGAGCAAGCACUUGCUCUAUUUAAUACGGUUAUAAAAAAUGAGACGAACUUUUCAGAGGCAGCACAUUAUUAUAAAGCAUUUACAAUUUCCAAACAAAUAAACUGGGAAUAUUUGGAGACCUUACCACAGAUUCGUCUUCUCGUGCCUUUUGCUCCAGACAUAACCAAGAACGAACGCAAAUUAUUUAAAGAUGCAUUACUAAAAUCUGCAAAGUUGUUCAAAGAUCAAGCUGAGCGCUUAUUAUAUAAUGCAACAAUGAUUGACAAAAUUAAAGAAAACUAUCCAGACAGUAUUAUACAAAUUGAAGCCUAUACGCAACAGCAGCAAAUAUUUAGCAAUUUUUACAAUAUGUUUGUGAAGUCAGUAGAUGAUAUCCUUGGUAAUCCAGUUACGUAUCAAAAUUUUUCAAGUAUUGAUAUUAAUGAGCAACAGGCACAAGAUGUGUACGAUAAAUUAUUAGAAGAAGGUUUUCUUAAUCAAACAAAGCUAAAAAGAAGUGUAAACGAGAUGCAACUAGAUCCCAUAUGCCGAGAUUUUGGUAUUUCUUCUAAAGUAUUGCAUAGUUUUUUGGACAGAUAUAAAAAUCAAUAUUUUGACGUAAAAGUCUUCAUUAAAGAUCUAAAAAAUCAUAUACAUUUGCCCAGUUGUGGUAACUUUUGGUCAAUUUUACUAGAACAAGGAAUAAUAUUCAAAGAAGUAAAGUAUGUCAUUGUUGAUGAAAUAAUAUUACAUAACACAGAUCCAUCUUUUUUGGAUUUGCUAACCAAAAAAAUUUCAUCUGGUAACAUUCGAACAUUUGACGAUAAACCUUUCAAUGACAGUGACUCCACAAAAACUAUUUUCUUAAGUGGUAUUUGUAUCAAAGAACAAAAAAAUAAGAAUAAUUUAAUUUUAUAUAAAAAUGAACUGAAAUCUCUAAAUCCAUCAAAGUAUUCUAUAUUAAAAAAGAAAGGUGCCUUAACUUUUAACAAAAUGGCAUAUAUUGAUACAACUAAAAUAACUGGUGCAAAUUUUGAACAACAUGACUCGAUUGUAUUAGAAGAUUUUAAUAAAAUUAAAAUAAAUAAAGAGCAGGCUACCGAAUUAUUAUUCGAAUUAAGCAGUGAGGGUAUUAUAGAAGAAAAAAGAAGGAAUAAAAAUCAAUUUGUGCAUAAACUAAAAGUACAAUAUGAAAAAAUUUUUGAAAUAAAACUUAAAUCGAGAGAAAUUUAUAAAAGUAACGUCAUAGGAUUAUUACUUUCAUGUUUUGCUUAUAGAAUAGCUAUUCAAAAACUACAAAGACAAUUACUUGAGAAAGAGCAAAAUGUUUGCAUUCAACUGAUGACUAAACCACAUUACGCCCUUUUUUACGAAUUGAUUGAACAAAACAUUAUAAAGAAUGUUAAAGUGACAAACAAAAGAACUAUUACAGAAGAAUGCGUGAAAAAUGUAUUUGGUUUACCAAUUUCAAAAGAAAAAUUUAUUCAAACACUCAAUAACAGCGGCAUCGUUCCUAUAGGGAAAGCGCCUGAACUUUUCGAUGAUUUGGUCCGUGCAAAUUGGUUAAAACAUUGCAAUGUUUUCGGGCAGGUCUUACAUGGAAAACUUUACGAAGUAACCCCGUUUGACGGAAAUCAACAAGCUUUAAAUUAUGAUUUCCAACCAUUUCAAGAAUCCUUAAAAAUAUUUUUAAAUCAUAAAUCCAUAUUAGGAAAUGAAAACUCGAUAAGAUCAUUAACGAAAACUUUGAAUCAAUUAAAAAGUUCAAUAAAAUCUCUGUCUGUCCCUGAUAAUACUCUCAAACCUCUUGCAGAAAUAUGUGGUUCGAAUAAAUUUUCAAAUGUAGACGAGUUGCAUAUUAUGUCUCUGAAUGGUUUAGACCACAUACAGCAAUUCGAAGAGAAAAAGCAUACAGUAAAAAUGCUCAUAAGUACAGCUGUUGUAUUUGGUUUUGGAUUAAUUCAAUUAGCCGUUGGUGUCAUAAUAUUAUAUUAUUCUAUGGGUUUUAUGACUCAUAUAGGAUCUAUCUUAAUUAGCGAAGGCAUAAGUGAUAUGUUAUAUUCUACUAGCGCCUACAGAUCUGGAUACUUUAGUUGGAAUGAUUAUCUUAAUCACAAAAUUAAAAGUUUAAUAUUUAGUGCGAUCACUGUAGGCGUGGGUGCCAUAUUUUCAUGGGGAGUUCGUUAUUCUCGUUUUGGAUAUAAACUCUUUGGGCCGGCUCUUCAAGAAACAUGUGGGAAAGAGUUGGUUAAAAAAACAGGAACUAUGGCUAUUGUAAAAAGUAUAUCCGUCGAAGCUUUAAAGGGGAUAUCAAUAUGCGCAGCAAAUUAUGGUGCAGAUGCGCUAAUAGACAGACACCUGAAAUCAUUUUGUGAAAAUGUCGGCUCUGCUAUUAGAACAAAUAUUGAAACUCAAGUAGAUAGCAAUAAGCUAUCAAGUAGAUUAGAGACGGUCUACAAAAUAUAUGGUUCAAGUAAAGCAAAAAAGGCUUUAAGCGAAAUAACUGACAGUUUCUUUCAUAACCAUAAUAUAGGCAACAAUAUGUUACCAACAGCCAUGAAAAUAUCCAAUAGUAUUGUAAAAGGAGUCAAAGAAGCAGCAAAUAAGGAAAAACUAGUUGGGUCACGUGCCUUGUUUACUGUUAAUAUUAUUGGAAAAAUUUUAGUUUGGUCAAACCGCGCUAAUGAUUUAUACAAGAUUAAAAAUAUAACUGAACAUUUUAUAGAUAAUUUAUGUAAAGAAAUAGAUGAAAAAUUAAUUAAAACUAAGGAUAUACAAGAAAGUUCUAGUGAGGAUGGCAAAUUUUGUCAAGAACAAUACUAUGACUUCAAAAAAGAAAUAACAGAAAAUUGGAAGCAUAUACUUCGUCAACAAUCUGGACAAGUAAUAUCACAAAAUAUUAUAUCACCCAUACUUGAAGAUUGUUUACACGAAUUAAUUAAGUUUUGUGGGAAAAAAAUUAAGGACAUAUACAGAUUUACUAAAGAAAAAAGUUUAGAAGCAAAGCUUAGGGAAUUGCGACAACAGUUCAAGAAAGAUUUAACAGAAGCUAAAACCAAACUAGUAACAGCGGGUACUGAAACAGAAAAGGCUAUAACAGACCAAUAUCAUGCUAAUGUUUUGAAGUUGUUAGCAGAAACAAAAAAUCCUCACCUUUUUGCUACUAUGAUUCUCGAAAAUAUCCCAAUGGAUUUAACCUGCGCUCUAACUUCCGGACCGGUCAUUGAAGCAGUAUUGAAAGAACGUGGUAUUGUCAAACCUGGUCUAUCUAUUGUUUUUAAUACCGCAGAAGGAAUAAAACAAGAAGUUCUAAUAGGUCCUAAAAGCGCAAAUAAACAAACUAUUGUACUCGAGUUAAUAAACAAUCAUUACCAAAUUUCAGGUAUAAAUAACUCUUCUAACAGUAAUUUAGAAAGCCCACAAAAUGAUUGUUUGUAUCAAGCUUUGACUGAAGUUAUACCUGAGCUCAGAGAAUUAGGACCUAAUAACUUUAGAACUGCAAUGGCUAAACAGAUUAUAGAAAAUCCUGAAAUACGGUGCCACAUUGAAAAUGGCUGGCAUAGGUAUCCAAUUCGUCUUAAACUCUAUGGUGGUGCCAAAAAAAAUAAUAGACAAAGGGUAUCUCGUCGAGAAGACCCUGAAUCAACUGAACAAUCAGAUCUCAUCAAAGACCCGGCUGCUCAUUUAUAUGACCGGUUUAUUCGACUCUUUCGUUUUGCCGGAACGGCUCAGAGGAUUUCUACAGACAUAGCUAUUCCUCGAGAGAAUGUUGUCAGAGAAGGAGCAAGUGAGUAUCAAGACAGGAACAGUAAACUCGGUCGUGAAUACCACGCGGCUCAUGUCAUCAGAGCUACCAUUGAUACAAGUGUCGAUCCACAGCGACACGCAGAAGCGUUUGUCGAACUCCGAAACAUAUUAGGUCACACACAAAUCGUACCACGAUUUGCCAACGAAUAUCACGGAAUAGGUGGCGUUAUAGACGACAUCGAAGGGGAUGCCUUACGAAUGGCUAGCUUUUGCAACUUUGCCUCUGAUUUACGAAGCAAUACGGAAAUAUUAAACGGCGUUAAGAAAAUGUUUGUUGAUAAUAUAAAAGAUUUUCUAAGGGACAGCGAUAGGCUCACUGAAAGCAAUCGUAGGGACAUUGAGAGGAGUCUCGGGAGAAUUUGGAAAACGUCACCACGUGAGAUGUAUAAGUCGGGACGUGACGGAUUUACCGGUAAAUAUAGAUAUGCGUAUAUGUGAUCUCCACCUUUUAAAUACCAAUAUUGUAAUCACCAUUUAAUGUAAAAAGGUAAAUCUAAUAACAAAGAAGAAUGGCUUCAGAAUAAUAAUAAUAAUAAUAAUAUCAAUCGUCACAGAGUGGCAGAAGUGUCACUAACACCAGAGAUUUAGAACAAU